AUGGCGGGUACUAGGUCCAUUACGAAACUCCAGGCCCGUCAAAGACCAUUGACCAUAGCCUGCACUGGUUCGAAGGAGAUUGAUAUCCAAACUUCCUCCCUUACCCUCUCAAACGAUAUAAUGAUCAUGGAUGGUGCGGAAGGCAAAGCCUUCAAGUCGUUGUCCCUCGAGCUCCAUCAGUUGAUCAUGGAGUUUCUGCCAAAUGACUCCGACGUUGCUAAAUAUGCCCGGAUUUGCCACGCUGCCAGCGCCGCGGUCACCACCAGCGUCUGGCGCAAACGGUUUCUACGCAAGUAUGACUAUAGCGAUGGUGAAACCAAUCAGUCGCUCUUCAAGAAGUACAAAUACAGACACAUCGUUUCCAAUGAGGUCACGAUUUUCAACUUGAAGCAGUACGCAGGCCGGAUAAGCAAUGAAGCCCGUGAGACACAGUUGUUCAACCAGAAAAACUGGCUGGACCUUUUGCGGACCCUUAUUAUCGAAUCCGAUGCCAAAAGGGUUGUCCAUGAAGGGGGACGAGAGACUAUCGAAGGCCGAAAUAUCAAAUUUAUACGUGAUAUGACCUCUGACACAGGAAACGGCACAUAUAUCGAUAUUAUUGAUGCCGUCCUUAAUACUGAGAGCCACUUUGACGUUAAGGAUAUCGUGUCCGCCAAGGAGGACGGCACACUUGCCUUCGUUGUUCAAUUGAUCCUCACGCCAAUAUCUCUGCACCCAGACUUUUGCAAUGCUAAGGUCUCUCACUUUGACUUGUCCCAAGCUCAAACUUACGCUACAUCGGAAGCUCAACCAAUAUUCACUGGCAAAUUCAUGCAGAAUGUCAAUGUGCUGUGGUUAUUGAAUGUGGUUAACUUUUUUAAGUUUCACCUCAAGACUGUCGGAGAAGGCCUACUCUCACAUGCAUACAAUUUCCUUCCGUCGGAUCAGUAUCCUCAAACAUGGAUUGGCCGAAUCAAGGCGGGAACCCAGCCUCUGGGAUCCUUUUGGAAAGGUUGUCAUAUGUAUAUGGACGAGAGCGAGCUUUUCAAGCUGAGGAAUCAUAGGGGCCAGGAUAGCGGCAUUUACUCGGAUUCAUUAGAUUUAGGAGAGACGUUCCAGGACAUCGAAAUCUCCUUCGAUGAGAAACAAUUUUCUUCGAAGGUGUGGCCCCCAGCCUUUGAAGGCUCCAUCCCGAGCGAUCCUUUCCGAUCAACUACCUCCCCUCCGGCCUGUCGCCGUAGUAGACGUAACAUGCCAACGGCUCCAGAGAUCCUUAAUUUCUAUGGCAUAUCUGACGGAGAUAAGACUGGAUACUUUUAUGGCCGCAUCCAUGGCAUUCCGCAUCAACAAGGGUUCCACGGCUUCCAGCGCAUCACAUUCGUCAUGUUCUAUUACCCAAAGCCAGGAGCUGUCGACAGUCAAAUUGCUUAUAGCUACGAAGGUUGUGUUCUCCCCGGUGGCCGCUGCAUUGUUGGGAGAUGGUGGGGCUUUUACGAUGACCCGAAAGAUGUGGCAACCAUGUCCGGCCCCUUUAUUUGGUGGAAUGUCGACAGAGGUGCCAUCGAUGGUUGCUACGAUCGAACUGAUCCUAUCAAAUUCCUACAGAACUAUUUGUAG